AUGCGAGUGAAAAUAUUCGGAUGCAAGAGGCAGGAACCGGCACCCCACAGCGCGUGUUCCUUCGCGGGUUGGCUCUCGCGACGGACGUCGAAAGAAAUUCCGCCUCGGAAGACGUUUUGCAGGACUUUUGCAGGACUCUUGCCUUGCCGCACGAGUGAUUCAGGAGAAGAGAUUCAAAGAAGCGCGAUGGACGACAAGGAGAACGACGAAACACCGGCCAAAGGGAACGAGAAGGAAGAAUUGGAGGAGAUCCUGCGCAAGAAAUCCGAGGAAUGCCAUCGGGAGAUCGCCGCCUAUCGUCAAUCCUACCGAGAGUCGAACGAGGCGAAGAGGGAAUGCGAACCGGCGUGGGACGGACUGCUCUGCUGGCCCCCGACCCCUCCAGGCGAGGAAAUGCAACUGCCUUGCCCGGACUACGUCCUCGGUUUCCAUUCUCGGGAGAAGGUGUAUCGAGAUUGCACAGAACGUGGGGAAUGGUGGAUCCAUCCGGAGCAGAAUUCCUCCUGGACCAACUACUCUCGAUGCCUCAAUCCCCACGCCCUCGAUGAACUCGGGUUCAUCGAGGGCGAGGGGAUCAACUCCUCCCUCCUCAAGACGUGGGUCCCCGUGAUCAAAAGGGUUUCUCAGGUCGGCUACGGGAUUUCCCUCUCUACCCUCGUCAUCGCCUUCCUCAUCCUCAUCUCCUUCAAGAGGCUGCAUUGUCCAAGGAACUGGCUCCACUUGCAUUUGUUCGCGUCCUUCAUCCUGCGGGCGUCGAUGGCUUUCGGCAAGGAUCUGUUCCCGCGGGAUUUUUUGUCCAGCGAUGCCACUUACACUGGAGAUCAAAACACCUGGGAGUGUCGUCUGAUAACGACAGUGUGGCAGUAUUCCCUCGUGGCCAACUACACGUGGAUCCUCAUGGAAGGUCUUUACCUCCACAACCUCAUCUUCAUGGCCCUGGUCACGGACACCUCGGGGAUCUUGAUCUACGUCCUCGUCGGCUGGGGUCUCCCGGUCCUCGUGGUCGUGCCUUGGGCUGGGAUGAGGGCGGGGCUGGACGACAACUCCUGCUGGGUCAUCAACAAGAACCCGGAUUACUUCUGGAUCAUCAGGGCGCCGAUUGUCAUCUCCAUCGUCGUGAGUUUCGGGCUCUUCCUCAACAUCUCCCGGGUGGUGCUGCUGAAACUCCGUUCCUCGAUGCAACACGAGCGCACGAACCAGCACAGUUACAGGCGAUGGGCGAAAUCGACGCUGGUGCUGGUGCCUCUGUUCGGAGUUCCUUACAUGAUCCUGCUGGGCUUCUCAUACUCGGUGGGAAGGGAAUCCAUGGAGGGGAUGGAAGUGGCGUGGCUCUUCGCCGAUCAAGUCUUCGCUUCUUCUCAGGUCAUUUGA